GAGAAUACAUCGUAUUAAUAGAAAUCCAACAUUUAAAAUGAUGAUCAUUCAUUUUAAGGUUAAUCGAUGAUGUGAUGAACUUAUUCAAAUUGCAUUAGUCUUCAAAGAAAAAUAGAAGGAGAAGUUCUAUGAGCUACUUAGAGAUGUCUCAGUCACCCAACUUACCAGCUUCCAAAAAUACAUUAAAAGCAGGAAAGUCCUUUUCUGAUACAUCAGUUUUAUCUAAAGGGCUGACUCAUUCAAAAGCUGUAUCAACGCACAGAUUAAGCCAUCAGCAGCAAGCAACAAAUACAUCUCUCAUACAAACAAGUGAUUCCUCAGGAGUUCGUGAUUCUGAAAGUGACACUGAUGCCAGCAGUUUAAAAAGUACCUCACAAUCAUCAUUUGAGAAUAGAGAACUUAGCUUAAAGCAAUGUCAAGCUCCAAAAAAAGUGCAAAAUACAGAGUUUUCAAAAUCAACAAAUUUAAGACGCAGAAAUGUAAUUCAGAGGUUUCAUGACAAGACUGUGAAAUCCGUUGCCGCUCAGCAUGAAGUGGGCACACAGAAUAGUGCUAAUGAUAAUUCUGAGAGUGAGGAUGAAAGUUUGAGUAAUAUCUCUGAUGAAGAACAGACAUGGAAAGAGACUAAAGCAUAUUAUUUGUGCUGGUUUAUUCUCUUACUCAUUUCUUUGAUUACAAGAAUUUAUAAUAUUGAAUUGCCUGCUCAUGUUUGGUAAGAUUACAAAAAAAUAAUAAUAAUUUUUAUUGGAUAAGUUAUGUAAUAUAUGUAAAUAUUGAAAUAUUAUUGUCAUUGAAGAGGUAGAAAACUAUCUUCACUUUUCAAAGACUUGUUCCUUAGUGUCAAAUUGAAAUUAUUUUUAGCUUCAAUGAUAUUUUUAUAAUGUUUAAUUGUAAAGAUCUCUAAUAUGUUACCAGUUUGUUGUUACAGGUAAAUUUAAGUUUUGGGAGCUUAAUGCUAUUUAAUAUGUAAUAAAAAAUUUGUUGAAAUGAAUUACUUUUUCCUUUUUCAGUUGGGAUGAAACUCAUUUUGGGAAGAUGGGCAGUUGGUAUAUUAACCGGACAUUUUUCUUUGACGUUCAUCCACCCUUAGGCAAGGUACGUUAAAGUUUCAUUUUAUUUUAAGUUGGAGUUGUUGAGGGUUAAAGGGCUGAUUGCUUUGGUUAUCAUGAAAACAAGUGCAAACAACCAGAUAUUUCAAGUAAUACAUAAAUUAGUUUUUGCUACUAUGAGGAUCAGUUAUAAUAGUUAAAUUUAAUCUGCUGUACAUUAAUAGUGAAAAAGCGCAAAUACAACAAUAUGAAAAUUUGAAAAGUUUUUCGUCCUUACACAGCAUUCAUAUUUUGAUUUUUGUUUUUGUCAUGGGCCAGAUGCUUAUUGGCUUGGCUGGAGUGAUGACAGGUUAUGAUGGGAGCUUUCCAUUUCACAAACCUGGAGACCAGUAUCCAGAUUCUAGUUAUGUUGGGAUGAGAGUGGUAAGCUCAAGAACAGAUCUGACUUUAAAUGCACCAAUAAUUAUACAAAGUAGUUAUAAGACCUUUGAAGUGUCAAUAAGUAUUUAGUUUGAGUUUUAAAGUUUUUAGGUAUCAAUUUAAAAUAAUUGAUAUGUCACUGGAAUCAAGCCUUGUGUAUUCAGCAGCAAGGUUAUGGUAAUAUUAAUUUCAGAAUGUGACCAAAGUUGACAAAAGUGACUUAUUUUAAAAAAAAAUUGUUUAGUUCUACCUUGUGUUGAUCUACAAUCAUACAAAAAUUGGUAAAAUUAGUCACAUGAAGCUUUUAGGUCUUUAAACACAUCAGGAACUAGUCAAAAAUUUUAAUAAAUAGCAAGGCAUGGAGUAUAUGGCUACACAAGAGACCCAUGUAGAUUGGUUUUACCAAUCAAUUUUAAUUUAUAUCUUCAAUAGUGUUUAAAAAAAAGUAUGUUUCCUUAUUUUCAGUUUUGUGCAAUUCUGGGUUCAUUCCUUAUCACACUGGCAUACCAGUGUGUCUGGCUACUCACACAUUCCAUACUGGCAUCUAUCUUAGCUGCUGCUCUUAUUUUAUUUGGUAAGUUUUCAUGUGUUUAUAGAUUAAUAAAAACCAGUUUAUUUUGUGUUUAACUAGUAUUUGCUUGUCUUUGUUUAAUAUUAAUUUUUAAAUCAGAUUUAAUUAAUUCAGUUUAAAUCAGUUUAUCUCAAAUUUUAAUAUUUCACGAUAUUUUUAUCAUAAUCAUAUAGUGGAAACAUGCACUUAAAAUAGAAGAUCUUUGUUUAAAUAAUUAAUACAAACAUGUUGUUUACAUAAUUUUUCGAAUUUAAUAAUUUGAUACAUUGGUCAAAUUUCUUUUGGAGAUCAGUAAUUAAGUGUACAUCUUUCCCAGUUUGAGAAUGUCUGUUAUGUGGCUAUGAGGUCACAUGUCUUAUUUCAAUUAGUACCACUUUGUUUACUUUAGACACAGGGACCCUGGCAUUAUCCAGACAUAUUUUAUUGGAUCCCAUUCUUAUGUUCUUUAUCAUGUCUUCCACUUACAACUGCCUCAAGUUUCUCACAUUCAGAAACAGGUUAGUAAAUGACAACACUGUAACACUAUGAUUUAAAAACACUGUAACAUUAUGUUUUAAAUUCAUAUAAUCUUACUAUUCGACUAAAUCUUGAAAGUUUCUGUUUAUUAUCUGUGAUUGUUUCACUACACACUGUUCACCGUGCAUUCUUGAAUCAUUUUUUAACAUGGCCAUUUUUUCUUGGUUAAAAAAUAAAAAAAUAACACAUUAUGAAACCUUUUGGAAAUGAUCAAUUUUUAUUGUUGACUUAACAUUUUAAAUAUCCCCUUUUGCUAUGUUCAGGCCAUUUUCAUUACCGUGGUGGAUUUGGCUAUCUGCCACUGGAGUUUCAUUGGCUUGCGCUAUUGGGUAAUUAAAAAAUCUUUUUUAUAUAUUUACAAAGUAAUUUUUAGUAGUUAAUUUAAGUUCUCAAAAUCAUAAUGUUUUUUUUUCACACAUACAGGUUUUUCUCUUGAUAUAUUAUUCAUAUUUUUACUUAAAAACAUUUCAUCAGAUGAAAAUAACUAAUAUAAAAAUAACUAAUAUGAAAAUAUUUCAUCAUAUGAUUAAUAUCCCUACACAUGACAGCGUCUUAUGUAAUAAUAACAUCUUGUAUAAAACUGUUUUUACUAUACUGGAGUAAAUUCUGGUUGAUAGAUGAAAGUAAAUGAAUGAUGAAAAGAGAAUUUUCAAUAUAACAUCACAAUGAAUGUAUCAAUUUUUUCUAAUUUUCUCAGUGUCAAAUUUGUUGGUUUGUUUGUGAUUUUGCUUGUUGGCUACACCACAGCUAAAGAUUUGUGGACCCUGUUGGGAGAUUUGUCCAUGUCAUUGGUAAAUCCAUGUGUUCUCUUACCUGGCAAGGCAGUCUCUAUCAUAAUUACGAAAUAAAUGUCUUUUUAAUUGAAUAAUUUAAUCUUCACAUAUUUACUUCUGAGUAAAUCAAUAUAACAUAAUUUUUCAAUUUAAAAAAAAAAAUUGUAUUUCAUAUUUAAACAUAAUUUUAUUUUGCAUAUGUGGUUUAUAGUUACAUAAAAUUUUUAAAGGUUUAAGUUUUAAGUAGUGUCAGUCCUAGAUGGUGUGAUCAUAACAAUUAAAAGAUUUUUUUUUCAUUUUGGUAACUCAGUCAGGAGAUUUUACACCACCUAGAAAAUUAUUUUGUUGGACCUGAAGCUGGUUGCAAGAAUUUCAAUUAAAAAAAAAAUUAUUUCUUAAUUUCUCAUCAUCAGGUGACAUUAUUUCGACAUAUCACAGCCAGGGUCAUGUGCCUGAUUGCAGUUCCUGUUAUAGUGUACAGUUUGUUAUUUGUGAUUCAUUUCAAAGUUCUAGACCACAGGUAAAAACUGAUGCUACAUAUUUGAACUUUCCAUUCUUCUUUACUUUGUUUCUGUCUGUUUUUUUUCGCCCACUUAUUUUUUUAUCCCUUUUUCAGGUAGGAUAUAUGUAUAUACCGGGUAUAUAUGAUGUAAAUUUAAUUUAUACUUAUUUAAAUGUUUUGUUGUUGUACUGAUGAAGGCCUGUGCCGAAAUGUCUACUUGUGUAUUAUGUAUAAUUAUUAUUUAAGCUUAACAUAUAUUGUUAUAUUGACACAAAUUGUUCAUGUCUAAUUAAUCUAAUUUACAUUGUCAAGAAGUGUUCCAAAAUUUAAUUUUUUGAACCAGUCACCCCUGUGAUUCAUUAUCGUGACUAUUUUGGUUGGAGGAGGGGUAAAAAAAAACAACUCAACCACUAGUAUUAUAAGACAGAAGCCAACUUGGCGAGUGAUUGAAAUUAUUAAGAUUUAGCUAAAUCCUUAUGUUAAUUAAGUUAACAUUUUUGCAAUAAAUUAAAAAAAAAAAAAUAAAAAAAUAAAUAAAAAAUUAAUUAAUUGUAGGUUAGACCGAUUCUUAAUUAAAUUCUUGUGAAAUAAAAAACUACCUUAAUUCAGAUAUUUAAAAUACUUUGCUUUUAGUUAAAUGUAAUAUCAACUUUUUCAGUGGUAAUGGUGAUGGCUUCUUCAGUUCUGGGUUUCAGUCACAACUUAUUGGCAACAGACUUUACAAUGUCAGCAUGCCCCAAUGUAAGUGAGCUCUGGUCAUAAUUAUGUUUGGGAGAUACGCUUCUCUGUUUCAAUAUAAACUUUAAAACACCAAUAUUGUGAAUGAUAUUGCCCUGUACAAGAAAUGUGCAAAAGUGACAUAAAUCCUUGCCUAAUUCAUGAACUGGGCUCUUAGAAAAAUCAGAAAGUUCUGAACAUACUAUUCCCUGUUGCAGUUCAUUAAGUGCACUCUUUAAGAUAUUGUUAUCUCAACUAUUACAAUGAUAAAUAAAUUAAACAAACAAAAGUUCUGUGGGAGCUUGUCAUUUUAUGACUGCACUUGAUUACCGAAAUCAUUUUUUUAAAAUGUGUUAUUUAUCUUUCAUAUAAUUUUAAUGCACUCUUGAAUCAAAGAGAUAUAAUAUUGGUCUUGUUAAUAAUUUUUUUUUCUUGUGACUUCUCUUAAAAGUAUUCUUCUUAUCGCUUGUUAUUCUUGUUCUAAUCUGUACAAAUUCAUUCAAAAUAAAUAUUAUCUAAUUUCUUUGUAAGAAUAAUAGGUUCAUAAGCUAGGUUUAGGUUUAUUUAUUUUUCCUUCAAAGUUAGCUUUCAUUUGUCAAAUUUUUGUACUUGUCUUGAUUUCUUGUUCAAUGAAAAAGGCUUCUUGGUGACAUGUUGGUUGCUUUGUUUUGUCUUUUAUCAAGUUUUCACUUACUGUGUGCUCCUUAUAUCCUAUUAUUGUUACAGACAUAGCUUACUAUUAUUGUUACAGAUAUAGCUUACUAUUAUUGUUACAGAUAUAGCUUACUAUUAUUGUUACAGAUAUAGCUUACUACUAUUACUAUUAUUGUUACAGAUAUAGCUUGCUAUUAUUGUUACAGAUAUAGCCUACUAUUAUUGUUAAAGACAUAGCUUACUAUUAUUGUUACAGACAUAGCUUACUGUUAUUGUUACAGACAUAUCUUACUAUUAUUGUUACAGACAUAGCUUACUAUUAUUGUUACAGAUAUAGCUUACUAUUAUUGUUAAAGACAUAGCUUACUAUUAUUGUUAAAGACAUAGCUUACUAUUAUUGUUACAGACAUAGCUUAUGGCAGUGAAAUUACUCUAAAACAGAGGAGAACUGGGGGUGCUUACCUGCACUCACACCCCCACCUUUAUCCUGAGGAGCAUCCUCCUAAACAACAACAAGUCAGUGCAACAAAGCUUUGUUAAUUGUACGAAAUAUCUUUAUCGAAUACGUUCUUUAAAAAUUAAUGAAGUUUUGCCCUGAAAAAAUGUUUAAUAAAAAGUUUAGCUAUAAACAGACCUGGUUACUCUUAGCUAUAAACAGACCUGGUUACUCUUAGCUAUAAACAGACCUGGUUACUCUUACGAUUUUGGCGCACAGUGUAGAUUUUAAGAUAUUUUUUAUUAUUUUACGUUGAGAUCUGUCAGAACUACGGUUUUAAGAGACAGGGUUGAAAAAAUAUAUACAAGUAGUUUAUAUCAUUUAAAAAAAAACAAAAAAACACCUUUUUCUGUUUUUGGUUUUACCUCCUUUCUACAUCCGGCUGUGAAUGGACUGAGAAAUAUGAUGGGUUGGGGAAAGGGGGUUGGUGCUGACUAAGGAAUGUACCGGUGUGCAUGGGAGAGGUUUGCUGUACCAGUAUUAAUUAGACUGUAAUAUGUUAAUGGAAAAUAAAAUCAGGCUCUUAGGCUUAAUGCAGGGGUGGCCAACCUGCGGCCCACCACGUUAAAUAUUGUAUCACAAAUGAAGUUAUUUAUUCAUUCAAUUAGCGAUUAUUUUCAAUCUUGGCAUAAAAUUUUAAAUAUAUAUUACAUCAUAUUUUUUUUUAUGAUGGUAUGCACCAUUUUAGUGUACCAGUCCCUUUUUUUAGACUGAUUAAAACAAAAAAUGAUUGAACUAAGUAAUCUUUAAAUAAAAGUUAUACAUUUUUGUGACUAUUUAGUAACUAAUAAAAUAAAAAGGGAGCCCUCAAGCCCUAAACACUUCCCCACUUUUGCUUGUGUGACUUAGCCAGGCAUUUUCAAUUUUUUCCACCUUAUCUGUGUCUAUCAAAGUGGUGAAAAGGCUUUGGUAAGUGUCCUGUUUUAGGCAUACUAUGUUUAUGUUUAUUGUAUACAUUCUAACGUAUGUUUAUCUCUUUACUAUUACGAAACAGUAUUGUAAGAUUUUGGGAUGGUAAAGUACUAUUCUGAAACGAUCUUAUACUGUUAUAGGAGUUCCAGGGUAACCAGGGCUGUAUAAAAAUGCACUAAAAUACAUACAUUUUAAAAUUAAAUUAGUUGUUGAAUUUAAAAUAAAAAUAUUUAUAUUCUAGGUGACCUCGUACAGCCACAAGGAUGAAAACAACAAGUGGAGAAUCAAACCACAUGAUCGAGAGCCAGGCCCAAAUGAUGAGCUCAUAUAUGUUCAUAGCGGAGACUUGGUGCGACUUGAACACAUAGCGUAAGUUACAUCCCAUGUAAUCUGUCACACCUCUUGAAUAUCAGUUUAUAUUAAAUGUCAUCCAAAGGUCACCCCUCAUUAUGAAAUAGUCACAACUUUUUUUUAAUGUUAUUACUAUGAGUAUUAAAGAUUGUUCUAUGAAAUAUUUUCCUAGGUUAGCUUAUCGUCUUAUGACAUAUGUCCUAGGUUAACUUAUUGUCUUAUGACAUAUGUCCUAGGUUAGCUUAUCGUCUUAUGACAUAUGUCCUAGGUUAACUUAUUGUCUUAUGACAUAUGUCCUAGGUUAACUUAUCGUCUUAUGACAUAUGUCCUAGGUUAGCUUAUCGUCUUAUGACAUAUGUCCUAGGUUAGCUUAUCGUCUUAUGACAUAUGUCCUAGGUUAACUUAUUGUCUUAUGACAUAUGUCCUAGGUUAACUUAUCGUCUUAUGACAUAUGUCCUAGGUUAACUUAUCGUCUUAUGACAUAUGUCCUAGGUUAGCUUAUCGUCUUAUGACAUAUGUCCUAGGUUAACUUAUCGUCUUAUGACAUAUGUCCUAGGUUAACUUAUCGUCUUAUGACAUAUGUCCUAGGUUAACUUAUCGUCUUAUGACAUAUGUCCUAGGUUAACUUAUCGUCUUAUGACAUAUGUCCUAGGUUAACUUAUCGUCUUAUGACAUAUGUCCUAUAAAUGUUUCAUCUCCAGGACCCGUCGCAACCUGCACAGCCACAGAGAACCAGCUCCACUGAGCAAACAUCAUUUCCAGAUUUCUGGCUACGGACAGGUAAACAUUGCCAUUCUACUUUUUGUCCUGUUUACAGCUUAUGGUAUGAAUGUUGAACAGUUUAGAAAAUCCUUUCCAGUAAGUAUCGCUAAAGUUUAUCUCCAAAGGUAUACAAAAUUUAUUUAUGAAAUAAAAUUUGAAAGUAGGAAUAAAUUUUUUACAUUAGUAUCAGACCUGUUUACACUCCAACUCUUAAAAAUCGUACAAUAUCAUCACAAAAUCGUUCAAUACAUUAACAUUAUCUUAAUAGUAAAAAAAUAAACAUACAAUAUAUAUAAUGUAUACACCUCAAAAUCGUACAUUGUACGCCGAAAUCGUAAGAGUAAACAGGUCUGCAGUAUUCAAGAGUUUUGUUGAAACUACCUACCUGCUAUCACAUAUUUUUGGAUUACAUUUUAGGACAAAAUUAAAAGCCCUGCUUUUAUAACACUUUUUAAAAAUUAAUAAUUAUAAUCUUUUUGUUAUGGGUUUCAAUAUUAAAUUUCAGAAUGGAACUGGAGAUGCUAAUGAUAUCUGGCAAGUUGAGGUUGAAAGUGCCAGCAGAGGUGACCUAAUUCAAACUGUUAGAUCAAAGAUCAAAUUUAUUCACUACCACGUCAGAUGUCUGUUGCAUUCUCAUGAUAAAAAACUACCAAAAUGGUAAGAGGAAUGGUGAAGGGAAAUGGUGAGGGAAAUAGGGAGAAAAAAAUGAAGAGGGGAAAUAGUUGGAGAAAUGAUGAGGGUAAAAAGUGUGAGAUAUGGGGAGUAGAAAUUGAGAAGAAAAUUUCCUAGGCAGAUAUAACCAAUGCAUCUUUAUUCUGUAAGUAAGUCUGGAUAGCUACAGAAGCUUUUAGAGCCACAGAGUCCGUCAAAUUAUUAUAGCAAAGUAGUUUAUGACAUACAUUUGUGUUCCAGGGGUUGGGAACAGUUGGAGGUCACAUGUCAACCUAACCUAAGAGAUUCAACUUCAGCCUGGAGUGUUGAGGAAGUCACGGAUGCUAGAUGUAAGUAUUGACAGAUAACCAAUAAAAAGUUUACAUGACCGUGUCCCAGCCGUUUGCCUGUCUGGAAAACUAAUGAAACAUAGGAUCCUGUUGCCAUAGAAACGGGGAGCUCAGCUAAUAAAUAAUUUGUUUUGGAGACACCAUAGCUGUUCAUCUUAUUUUAAAUUAUUAAAUUUUUAUUAUUCAAUGUGUGCCUUUCUCUUGUCAUUUGGCCAGGCCAAUAUAUUUUAAAGUUUUUAGAUGGCAAAGUAAAUUCUAAAGGUGGCCUUUUACAAUUAUAACUUUUAAGGUAUGAUAUUUUCAUGAUGUCAUUUCAAGUGAAUUGAGAACAUCUGCCUACAGGCCUGUUGUUAUUCUUACCCCACUGGGUAUAUCUGUUUCGUGCAGUGCCCAAUGUCAGUUUUGAAGUGUAUUCUCCAUCUUUUGUGGAGAAACUGCUGGAGAGCCAUGCAGUGAUGACACAGGGGAACAGUGGACUCAAGCCUAAGGAGGGAGAGUUGACCUCCAGGCCUUGGCAGUGGCCGAUAGAUUACAGGGUGAGUCAAGAUGCCUAUUUUAUAACUAGGGAUAGAUUACAGUGUAGAUCUGAAUGAGCUGUUUAUAACAAGAGAUAAGUUAACAAAAAAACCCACCCAAAAACUUGUUAUCAGAUAAAAGACCAUGGGUUUAUGGUAAUUUUUCAGGGUCAAGUAUUUUCAGGUCAAGACCAUCGAAUCUACAUGUUGGGUAAUCCCGUGAUCUUCUGGUCAUUGCUUGCGCUCAAGGUCAUUUUUCUGAUCCUGUGGACAGGCUAUGCUGUAUGUCGGAAGAGGAAUGUACCCAUUAAUAAAAAUUUGAGAAGUAAAUAUUUUCUUUUGUUACAUCAUUUAAUAUUGCUGUAUUUCGCACUCAGGAUGGUUUGUCACAAUGUGUUGGUGGAGGUGACAAACUACACACAACCUGGUAAAGGGAGACAAAAAAAACAACAGCAAAGAUUUUUCAUUAAAGGGAACUUAAGAAAAUAAUAUUUAGAAUAGGCCAAUAGAAAUGAGAAAAACUUAACAUGAAUAAAAUAUUUUCUUGAUGGCUGUGAUGACCUUUAUAUUCCUCCUGAGCUUAAUUAAUUUUUAUAUUUUGACAUCUUGACUUAAGUACACACGCAGUUUUUGCAACAUUGUUUUCUCUGGACAUCAUAAGAGCGACACCUCCUACCAUGGCUUCAAGGCAAUAUCCUUUAUAGCAUUACUAAAUACCUGACUUGAUCACACCACAUUAUGACAAGUGAACCAAUUUGUUGACAGGUUACUGUGAGAGAACAUUUAAAGUUUGCUGGUGGCUGCUCCUUGCCUGGUUCCUGCACUACGCACCCUUCUGGGGAAUGGCAAGAGUCUUGUACUUCCAUCAUUAUUUCCCUGCAUUCCUCUACAGUGCCAUGUUUGGAGGUAGGAUUGGUUAGUGAUUUAAAUAGACCCAUGGUCAGAAAUUUGCGACUCCAGAGCCGCCGCACAUGAAGGAAUAGAUGGGGCUCUUUUUUAUAUUCAUUUACAAUUCCUGUGGCUUCCAGAAUAUUAUUUUUAACAUAUAAAAAAAGUUUUCAACCCCUGGGAUGGACUAAUGUCAUUUGGUUAAUAAAUCUCUUUGAAAGUCAAACAUUUAUUAAACAGAAUUUUUUUCCCCUCCCUAAUACUUGAAAUUUGAUGAAUAUAAAUGAUUUUAAUUACGCAAACAUGUAUAUGAUGUUCAAGGGGUGUGUAAGAUAAUUUGUAAUCAAUAUAUUGUGAUCUAAAAUUUACUCUAAAACAAUUUUUAAAGUUAAACUGGGGGGCCUUGUUUUCUCAAGUGCGGUUGCAUUAAACACAAUAGUUGAAGAACAUUGGAUCCAAUAAUUAUUCCCCCAUGUGUAAGCUGCUGGUACUACUUCCAGGUGUGGUGCUGGACUUCCUUGUCACACUCAGCUGUGUCUGUGUACCAGAGAGUGUAGCCAUCAAAGUUUUUCACCUUUGUUUGUUUAUAGUGGCUGUUGUUAUCUUAUGGAGGUUAGUAGUCCUUAUAAAUUGUGUUUCUGUGAUUAAAAUAAUAUUAAUUUCUCAUGAAUUAAGAUUUUUAUUUAUCUUUCUUUAUUUUUAUUAACUUCAUCACUAUUAUUUUUGGCAAUAGUUAACUUUCACAGCAGGCUAGUAUUACAGGGAACCCUGAUUGAGAACCUCUAAUUAAGACAUUUAUAUUCUCAAGAUGAAAGAUGUGACUUGGUCAAACUUGAGUUUAGAGCUGAAAUGGGGUUCUGUCUCUUUGUUCUCAGCUUCUACCUAUUUCAUCCCCUUGCCUAUGGAAUGUCAGGACCUACGGCAUCAGAAGAGGGAAGUAUGAUGUACAAGGUCAAGUGGAUGGAAUCAUGGGACAUUUAAGUCGCAGCUAGGAAUUACUCCAAGUAAUGGAAUAUAUGACUGGUUGAUGGUGAAUACAUUGUACCUUUAGCAUCUCCAAAUUUAAACCAAAAAAAAUUUGUAAAAACCUGCGUUGAUGAAAAUAACGUACACUUGCUGUAUUUAAAAGAUGACAUUGGGGUAUCUUUUAUUACUCCUUUUUUUCAUUUCAGUCAAGAGGAAUGAUCUUAACCAAUAGAAUCUUUGCAAGUCUUGACAACCAAUGAGACCUUUACAAGCAAUGAGACCUUUACAAGUCUUUACAACCAUGUUCUCCUGUACUGGGCAUAUUUUGUGUGUAAGAAAUGCCUAACAUUCCCACCAUCAGAUCUGUGAAGGUUUAAAAUCCAGAAUUUCUUAUAUGUAAAAGGAAUCUACUUAAUACAGGAGGAAUAUUUGAUCUAAGUCUUUGACAAUGAAUAAUAAUUAUUCAUAUAUUUGAUCUAAGUCUUUGACAAUGGAUAAUAAUUAUUCAUAUGAAGUUUUUUUAGGAAAUUACCUCUUGAAGUCUGUUGUGUUUGAUUUAUUCUGUUGGCAUUUUUCCAGAUCUUUUACUAUAGUUGCAUUUCACUAAAAACAUGUAAUUUAUAUUUAAUAUUAUUCAAUGUUAUUUAUUGUGGCAUUUUAAGUUCUAUAAUAUCUGUACUCAUAAUUUGGGCUCAAUGAAUAUGUGAGAUGAAAUAUUAAUGGAGAAACUUAUUCAUGUUAUCACUUGGGUGCCUUUUAUUGAUUUUAUUUGUAUAGAUCUCCAUAUCUGUAUUAUUUCUACCCUUUUCUUUUAAAUUUUAUUGGUUAUGAAACAAAUUUAUUUGCUGCAGUGUUUAUAAUUAUUUUGAAAUUCACUUAGAAAUAGAUUCUUGGUAACAUUUAAUAACUCAAUUUUUUUAAAAUUCAGAUAAUAUAAAUAAUUUAAUAAAAAUUUGUUAUAAAAAAAUAAAAAAUAUAAUCAAUAGAUGUUUUAAAUUAAUGGGUACUUUUUAAUGAAAUCAGUUCACACUAAGACUUGAACUUUAGAAUUUAAUCAUAUCCUAAAUAUAGACUAUUUAUAAUAUAAUCUCACCUCCAUCGACAGUGUUUUACAGCAUUGGGAUAGGACUAUUUAAGAUUGUUAACAUUUGAUUACAUAUAUUGACGUCUUGUGUUUGCUAGUUAAAAUAUGAUUGCAUUUAUUUAAGUCUUGUGUUCGCUACUGUCUUGCUGGCUCACAACUGUGUUGUCUAUUUCUGCUACAUUGCCGGAGAUGAUAAAAAAUUAUCACUUCUGAGCCAUAUGUGUUUCUAUCUCAUCUUGCUCAGUACAAACAAAUAUUUCUCAACUGCACCUCAUGGGAGAGAGCCUUUUACGAUAUUGGAAAUCUAAUUAUUCUUAAAAUGUUAUUUUAAUUAAUUUUUAUCAUACCAUGAUAUAAUCACUAUAGAAAUUACGAUUCUCGCAAGAAUUUGCCAGUGAGGAAUUAUGCUAGUGCAGGGGUCAGCAACCUGUUGGUAAUUUUAAUAUUGUGUCAAAGUGGGAUUCCUACUUCAAUCAGUUUGCAAAAAAUAUAUGUCUAACUCAUGUGGCACAUUUGUUUAAAGUAAAGUAAAUUAUUAUUAUUUUGUUGGUCUUGUGUGUGCCAUUGAAUAAUGCUCUCUGUGCCUCUUCUUGCAUGCAUGUGCCGUUGGUUGCAGAUCCCUCAGCUAGAGUACCAGUAUAUUAUGGUUAGCAGUCUGCUAAAAACAAUGAACAUGUAAGGGGAGACUUUGCUUAAGCUUUUGGUAUCCCAUGUACUGACAUUUUAUUACAGCCCUCAAUUGUUUUUCACUCACAUUACAACUUAUCAAUACCUUUAUUUUUUAAAAAGGUUUUUCGUCCCCCC